AUGUCAACAGAUAAAUUCGUCUCGGGAGGUGGAUUGAGUACUCAAUCCCCCAGUUCAGAAACCAUUUAUAAUCUCUCAUCUACUAAAAACGCCGCAGAAUCUCUGAAACGCUUUGGAAUCAAUGAAGACACAACGUCCUUAAUAGCAGUCAAGGUUGGUGGCGACCCCAACGAGGCUUUGGAGGAUAUGUCCAAGACAGUGGACGGAAUUCUGACCUCAUUUCCAAAACUAUAUCAAGAGAAGGGGGCCCUCGGAGCCACGAUAUUUAUUUCUUUAAACAAAAUGACCGGGUUUGAGGGCAUCAGACAAAUGGCUCAUAGUGCUAACAACAUGUGUAUUCAAGAUGCGGUUGGGUUGUGUGCUGCCAGCAGAAAGCUUAUGAUGCGACGCGGAGCUACAAGCAGGCAUCUUUCUUAUCUGGUCGCAUAUGAGGCAUUUAUCUUUGGUAACACUACUCAGCGCUCCUAA